AUGGGGCCAAUCAGUAUUAACAUACCUCACCUGGCGCAAAAUGAGAAUUCCAAACAACUUAUAGUCAAGGGGCGUCCAUUUCUCAUGCGGGCAGGCGAACUCCAGAACUCUUCCUUGACAUCGGUUGAGUAUAUGGAGCCAGUCUGGCAAAAGAUGGUCGAUACGAAUAUCAACACCUUACUAGGCUGCGUCACCUGGGAAAUGAUAGAGCCCGAGGAGGGUGUUUUCAAAUUUUCCGUCCUCGACGAGAUUAUUCUUGCUGCUAGGAAGCACUCUGUCCAUCUUGUACUGCUUUGGUUCGGUUCGUUCAAGAAUGGGCUGUCAACCUACGUGCCAUCAUGGGUCAAGCAAAAUCCGAAGCGAUUCCCUAGAGCAAAACUGCGUAAAGCAGGCGGCCGUCUCGAGACUGCUGAUGUAGUGUCAAUCUUCCACCCAGAGAGCCGCAAGGCAGACGCCAAAGCGUUCGGCACACUCAUGAAGCACCUACGGGAAUUCGAUGAGUCUUACUCGACUGUUAUCAUGGUUCAGGUUGAGAACGAAAGCGGUCUGCUGGGUGACUCUCGCGAUGGAUCCGAGCUAGCCGAGCAGGCUUUUCGCGAGCCUGUUCCAAAGGAGCUGGUCGGAUUUCUGUCCUCCAGCUGGGAUGGACUUCACCAAGAUAUCAAGAAAUACAACUUGGCCGAGUUUAACCCAAUUCCUGAGCCUAGUGGGACUGGUAACAGAGAUUGGGAGACAGUCUUUGGAUCUAGUCCGCGUACCGACGAGCUGUUUAUGGCCUACCACUAUGCGCUCUACGUCAAUGAAGUUGCUGCGGCUGGUAAGGAACAAUAUCCUAUUCCACAUUAUACCAACCUAUGGAUGAACUAUUCUGGAGAGGACACGGAUAACGAUUUUCCAAUUGUUGUUGGUGGAGGGGGUAUGCCAGGUGACUACCCCUCUGGUGGUGCAGUGAGCAACGUUAUGGAUGUUUGGAUGCAAUUUGCUCCCCAGUUGGAUUUCCUUGGCCCCGACAUCUAUCUCAAUGACUAUGGACGAUCAUGCGCCAAGUAUCGACAUAAUAACCAACCGCUUUUCGUACCAGAACAACGACGGGAUGAUUAUGGUGCUCGUCGUAUCUGGAUUGCCUACGGGUCUUAUGCAGCUAUUGGUGUGGCUCCAUUUGGUGUUGAUACCGUGGACCCUGCCGACAACCCUUUCACCAAGCAUUACGGACUCCUCAAGUCCGUUUCGGCCAUUGUUCUUGAGGUUCAGCGCCAACCCAACGCGUCUGUUGGUUUUUGCUUUGACCCUGUUCCCGAAGGCGGGCCCUGCGACGUCUCAAACCCUAUCAAACAGACCUGGGAUGAUUUCGAAAUCACAAUUGAUCGGUGCUUUGUUUUUGGAAAGCCUGGACCAGGUGCAGGUAUGGUUAUCAAUCGCGGAAGUGGCAAGUUCUUGCUGAUUGGCUGGGGAUUCCAUGUGAGCGCAAAGAGCUUGACGCGCAACAGCACUUUUACCGGUAUUCUCAAGGUCGAGGAAAAGGCCGUGGACGACGAGGAAACUGGCCGUCUACGAACCGUGCGCUUACUGAACGGGGACGAGACCAGAAGUGGAAGUUUUGCGAUGAUGCCGAAUGAAGAUCCUGACUAUGGUGGCUUUCCCAUAUCUGUCACUGUCCCAGCAAGAACUAUGAUUGCGGAAGUGACUUUCUACUCUAUUACUGAUUAG